UGUCGGCCAACGGACUGAUCACUGAUCACUGUGUCAGUCUUAACCACUGUCGUGUAGUAGAUCGUAUUGUUGCUUUUUAUCACAAGUUAAUUGUUUAAGAAAUCUAGUAAAUUUUCAAAUUCACAAUCAUGGAUCCAGCCCUUUUAAGAGAGCGAGAGCUCUUCAAAAAACGAGCUCUCACAACACCGACAGUUGAAAAGAAAAAACGAGAACCGGAAAAAGAAAGUGUCCGCGAUGAGCCGAGAAAGAAACCAAAGGUUUCAUCAGCGUCUUCCGCGCCAAAAUUGGACAUUGUCAAUUACAAGACAAUGUCAGGCAGUUCGCAAUAUAAAUUUGGAGUCCUGGCUAAAAUUGUGAAACACAUGAAAGCACGACAUCAGGAUGGGGACGAUCAUCCAUUGACACUGGAAGAAAUACUGGACGAAACUAAUCAGUUGGAUGUUGGCUCAAAGGUUAAACAAUGGCUACAAACGGAAGCUUUACUAAAAAAUCCCAAAAUCGAAGUUUCCCCGGAUGGCAGAUUUUCUUUCAAAGCCAUGUAUAAAAUAAAGGAUAAAAAAUCAUUGUUGCGGUUAUUGAAGCAACAGGAUUUGAAAGGUUUGGGAGGAAUUCUGAUGGAAGAUAUACAGGAAAGUUUACCGCUUUGCGACAAACACUUGAAAAGUCUCCAAAAUGAGAUAUUAUUCAUAACGCGACCGUUGGAUAAGAAGAAAAUAGUAUUUUACAACGACAAAACGGCGCAAUUCCCGGUAGACGAAGAGUUCCAAAAAUUGUGGCGAGCAGUGGCGGUUGACGCAAUGGAUGACCAAAAGAUCGACGAGUAUUUGGAGAAGCAAGGAAUCCGUUCGAUGCAAGAUCACGGACCUAAGAAGCCGGUUCCUCUGAAACGAAAGAAGCCGAACAACAAGAGGAAACACUUGAAAAAGCCUCGCGACAACGAACAUUUGGCUGACGUUUUGGAAAAUUACGACGACAACAAGUAGUAGAAAUUUUAUUCGGUGAGCCGAGAAACAAUAAGUCGAGGGAAAAAGAGGAAAAAUAUAGGAACAAAUUGAAGCUGGAAAAGGGCCAUGACGCCGAAAAACUUGCAGAUUAUUUCUGUCACCGACCAACAUUAUUCCAGUGUACGUACGACAUAGACGUGAAAAAUUCGUUUAUUUCGUCAAUGAUCCACCGUUCGAAAGAAUCGUGGUUACAACACAUUUGGCUAACAAUAAAUAAAUUCGUUUGUAAGCUCUCCUGGAAGCGAGACGAGACUCGAAGCUUCGAUUUCCAUUCCUCGAAUCACGAGCAACGACCAAGAGAGCAAUAAUAAAGUGAACGAGUCACGUUUUAUCCGAAGUACAAAAUAA